AUGGUGCAGCCCCGGGGUAGGCCGCGGAGGAAGAGGCAUGCAAGCCACACGGCGGCGGCCGUCGCCCCCAGUGCGUCGCCGGCGGGCAACUUGGAGGAGGAGGGGUUAUUAGGCGACGGGAAUGAGGCCACCCAGAAGCGCGUUAGGACGGCGCAGCCAUCUCAGCUUCCGCUUCCACUGCAGGAAUUCGAGAUGACCGAGCCACCGCCUCUUCUUCUGCCUCCACUGCAUGACAUGUUCAAUAUAAUUAAUGAACCGCUCCCACUGGGUCUACGGCUGAAAAAGAGCCCAUCUUUUGUAGAUCUUAUUUGUACGUGUCUUUCAAAGAAAAACUCUACCAAGGAAAACUCUACCGAGGAAAUCUCUACCAAGGAAAUAUCUACCAAGGGCCGUUCUGCUAUGAAAGAUAUUGUUUCCAAGCCCCCGUUAAAGAAAGAUGUAGUAAAAGCUUCAAAUUUUCCUGCAAACUUUCUUAAGAUUGGUAAUUGGGAGUACACAUCGCAGUAUGAAGGUGAUUUGGUUGCAAAAUGCUACUAUGCAAAGCAUAAGCUUGUCUGGGAAGUUUUGAACAAUGGUCUUAAGAGUAAGAUAGAGGUCCAGUGGUUAGAUAUUACUGCUCUAAAGGCAACUUGCCCUGAGGAGGGAGAUGGCACCUUGGAACUGAUGUUGUCUCGGCCACCCAUGUUCUUUCAAGAGACCCAUCCUCAACCAAGAAAACAUACAUUAUGGCUGGCGGCACCAGAUUUCACUUGUGGGCAAGCAAUCAUGUGCAGGAGGCAUGUUUUGCGUUGCUCCUCGAGUGUGUUGAGCAGAAAUUUUGAAAAGCUUAUUCAGUGUGACGAGCGACUAAAUGAGCUGAGCCGACAACCAAUCAUCAUGUCAGAUUCUCCAUUUAUUGGAUCCAUAAGCUCUAUAUUUGGAAACCCAAAUGAAAGUGCCGGCCCUUCAUCCAUGUUCGCACAUCAUGUGUCACCAUAUGAUGCUUCUUCAGUGGUCCAAAGGGAUGGGGUGAAGCAUCAUCAGCCAUUGAACAUAGGUGCCACUGCUUCAGAUGUCCAAGCAAAAAUUGUUGUUCAAGAACAAAGGAACCUCAAUUUGUGCAAUCAUGCCAGCCCUGAGGUGCCGAAAGAAUUUCAGGAGAUUGCUGAGAGCCUCUUAAGCGAUACACAUGCCCUGCCAUCCGCGGAUGAGAAAUAUCUGCUGGCAAGAGUGGACUCGUUUAGCAAUCUUAUUGAGAAAGGCGCUGCGCCAUCCACCGUAUCUGUCCCUGAGCGCAAUGACACCAUUGCUGCAGGCGAAGUAGGUUAUGAUGCCUUUGCCGAGGAACUCGGAUUUUGUUUCGAAGACGAAGAACAAUGGGCGCCUGCGGGGAGAACUGUGGAUGGCGGCGCAGGACCGCCUGCUAUCUCUAGAAAGGAGUCCGUGCCGGGUCUGUUUGAGAACCUCUAUCGCCGCAUACCGUCUAUGUCAGAGUUGUUCGACAUAGCAGAGGAUUGA